AGUCCAAAAGAAAAGAUGACAAAUCCAUUAUGCAAGCAGAGGUAAAAUGUUAUAAGGAUAAAAAUAUGACAGUUCAAGAUCAAGAUGGAUCAUCUGUAACACGAAACCGCUUGACAAUAUAUCAGGGUAUAUAUGGCCAUGGUUGUUCUUCUGGAGCAGUUUGCAGAGAAAUUGGGUUUACCAAGGAAGGCAAAGCUCGAGCUGAAGCUGAUCUCUGUCGUAUUAUUGACCUAGCAAGAAAUGGAUCUGUUAGUAACCAGAGCAGGAGACUGUUGACAACUGAAGUUACUCCUCAACGUUCUUUUGCAGUUAAGGAUAGAGUGACACAAGAGGAACUUGAUUCUAAAGAUGAUGAAAAGGUUGAUGACCCAAAAUACAGCAAGUCACCUCAGAUGACAUCACAGUCACCUGACCAUUCUUCUUCCCAGAGCAGUAACUCCAAGAGACCUAGAAAUCCCAUGUGA